AAAUCCACAAAGCUAUAUCUUAAAUGUAAACAUAAUAUUAUCAAAUAUGGAAAUACAAAAUCCAAACAUAGAUAAAUUUAUGAAAAUUUAAUUUUUUUCACGAUUAAUUUGUGUCUGUUACUCAGUGGUCAAAACAAACUAACUUUGCAACUUUGCAAUGGAAAACUUGGAUAAGCACUUAGUAGAUUUUGACUGGAAAUUGAAGGUAAACUAUUGAUUUUUUUUGUUGAUUGUAAAAUGAGCAAUUUUUUUAAAAACAUUUCCUGUUCAAAUGAUGGUUUUAUUUCAAAGAUUUCUAAUACGCCAAUAUAUCUUUCGUUCUGUUAGUUUUGUAAAUCCCAUCGUUAAUUAUAAUCUAAAACCCCGAUUAAUACCUGAAAUCAUGAAACUCGAACAUUCACAGUAUAGUUUUAUAUUCUCUCCUCAACUUACCACGGUGUUAAAUAUAUUCGACAAAUACAAAUACGAAGUCAGAUUAUGCGGAGGAGCAGUGCGCGAUAUACUUUUGGGUAAAACACCUACUGAUCUGGAUUUUGCUACUACAGCUACUCCUGACGAAAUGGUAGAAAUAUUAGAAAAAGAAAAUAUUAGACUAGUCAAUAAAGGUGGGUUGAAACAUGGAACUGUAACUUCUCAUGUUGAUGGCGUUAACUUCGAAAUUACUACACUGAGAAUCGAUGUUGUCACCGAUGGCCGUCAUGCCGAUGUUGAAUUCACUAAAGAUUGGAAAUUAGAUGCUGGUCGUCGAGAUUUAACGGUUAAUUCCAUGUUCUUGGGGAUGGAUGGCACUGUAUAUGAUUAUUUUAAUGGAUAUGAAGACUUGAAGAAACGUCAAAUACGAUUUGUUGGCGAUGCUAAACAACGUAUAUCUGAGGAUUAUUUAAGAAUUCUACGGUAUUUUAGAUUUUAUGGCCGUUUAGCUAGUGCACCUGAUCUUCAUGAUGAAUAUAUACUUGAAUCAAUACGAGAAAAAGGUAGUGGACUAAAACAAAUAUCUGGAGAACGGAUUUGGUCUGAACUCAGUAAAAUUUUGGAAGGGACUUUUGGCCCAGAACUUAUGAAAACCAUUUUAAAUUUAGGUCUUGGUUCAUAUAUUGGUCUUCCUGAACAACCUAAUGUGGAUGAGUUUGACAAUAUUAUUAAUCGAAGCAAGGGUUUAAAAUUAAAUCCAAUUACAAUGUUAAUAGCAUUCUUAAAAGAUUCACAAGAUAUGAUUGAAUUUAAUAAUAGAUUGAAGUUUCGCGUAUUUGAUAGAGACUUAGGGCUGUUUUUAAUUGAGUCUAGACAUGAAAAAUGGACUUUAGAUAGAGUGAAAAAAUAUAAAAUCAAAAUUAUACAAAAUCCUACCAAACAAGAUGCUUUGAAAACCUAUAUUGCACAGUUAUUGAUGUAUAACAAUGAAAGAAUAAUUCUUGAAGAAUUUAAACAAUGGACACCAUUAAAGUUUCCUAUUACAGGUAACAUAAUCAAAAAUCACGGUGUGACUGGAAAGAAAGUUGGACUUAUUAUGAGAAAACUUAUUGAAUAUUGGGCUGAUGAUGAUUUCAAAACGAAUGUCGAUGAAUUAAUUAGUUUAAUACCUAAAGCUGAAAUUGAAUUGAGCAAAGAUUUUAGAUAAAUGUACAUUCAAUUAUUUUUCCGUUGUUUUAUUACAUCUAAUGUAAAUAUUGCUCUAAUUUUUUUUUUUUAUUAAAAUAAAAAAAUAUAGUAAUUAUAUUUAUGAGAAUUUACAUUUAAUGACCUCAGUGUAUUUUUUUUCUCCUUAUUAAGAAAACCUUUAAUAUUCCUUAAAUAUUAAAAAUAAUUGUAGUUUCAUGUUAGUUUACCUACAAACUUUAUAUUUGAUUUUUUAGUAACUAAUACACUACUUUAUUUUACCUGUCAUAUAGUACUAUAGUUAAUAAGGUUUAAUUUAUCUUAUUAAAUUAUUUGUAGAUUUGUAAGAAAUAAAAUUAUAGAAUUGUAUAAUAUUAUACAAAUUUUAUUAAAUUGAAGUUAUAAUUUAGGUAGGUACUUAAAAUAAUUAUUUAUCUAUUUGAGCAAUAAAUAUUUAAAAAUUUUCUUUUUAGUAUAUAAUGGGGAGCAGUUCAUUAAGCAAACUUGAAGAACCGUUACUACAAGUUGUAUUACAUUUGAAGGAAGGACCUAGGUCAACAAACAUGGAAAAUCCUGAAUUUUUUAAAAAGGUUUUUUGGGAAUUUUCUAAAGAAGAACUUUUAUUAUUUAUAGAAAAACUUAAACAGUCUUUAUAAGUAAUAUUAUGCAAUAAUAAAUGUUUAUAUCAUAAACUAAAAACAAGUUAUUGAAAAUAAUUUAAAUCACAACAUUUUGAUAUGGGUCAUAUAAAUUCUAUUCCUUCAUAUUUAUGAUUGGCUACUUUAAUUUCUGGCAGUAUAAUUGUUCCAUCGAUUUUAAAUGCUGUAAUGUAACUAGCAGUUAUAGAUCCAACUUCUUCAGACUUGAGUGCUACAAUAAUUUUAUCAUUUGUGCCGGGUAGGAAUUUAAAACUAGAAUAUCCAUGGGUAGGUACUAUUUUACCAAUAUGUACCACCUAUUUAACAAAUAAAAUUGUAUUAAAAUAUGAUUAUAUUAUACACUCGUAAACACUAUAUCAUUAUAAUAAAUUACCUUUAUAUUGUUAAAGUUACCAUCAGCUGAUAUUAAUAUAUUUGUAGCCAUAUACUCGUCGGUAUUUUCAUCAUACCGUUUAUUUGAACUUCUACGCGGUAAAAAGAACCAUCGUUUAUGUAUUUGACUCCAUGCACACGACUCGUGUAUCAUGUAUCCAGGAAAUUGUAUAUUUACUGCUUUACGAAUGGCAAUAUAGUUGUCUGUCCAAUUAACAUGAGUAACAUGACCAAAUUUAUUUAUUACUUUUACCCACAUUGGAUUAUAAUUAACAAAUUCUCCUGAUGAUGUGGUCCAUUCUUUACCCAUGCUACCUAUAUAUAAAUCUGAGUUAUGUAUAGUUGCCCAUUCGCUUUUAAAUCCUGAAAAAACAAUGUUAGCUAGAUUAUUAUAGCAGACACGUAUACAAUGGAGGGAUUCGCUCCCCUCCCCCCAAAAUAUUUUCUUAUAUACAUACUAGGACUAUGGAAUGCAAUAUAAUUAUUAAUUUUUAGAAGUCUACUGUUGUCCUACUUUUAGAAGUAUGGGAAAUACCCCCUAAAGAAUAAUGUUCUUAUUUUUGUUUAUAGAUUGUUAUAUCAUAACAAAUAAAUUAUUCUUUUUCUGCUACAGAGUUGUUUUCAAAGAUAUAUUCUACCUUAAUCUACUUAUUUACUUAAUAAUAGCUCAGGCUAUUAAAAAGACAAAUUUAUAAAAAAAAAACCUAUUGCAAUAUAUAUUUGAAUAUAUAUAUAUUAACCAUUUCAUAUGAAUAGAUACACAAAUAGCACAAGUAGUAGGAAGAAGUGUGAACCUAUAUGAAUAUUAAACAAAUAUUUAUAUGAACACAACAAAUAGGUAAUAUGAAAUACAAAUUUCACCUUUAAAAUCAGUUCCAUUGCCAUCCAUAAGUAUAAUCCAAGGUAAAACGGUGUCAUCUUUACCAAUACUAUAAACUAUACCAGUUCGAUCAUCAAACGAAUAAAUUUUGCCAUUGAAUGUGACCAAUUCUGAAAGUUCCAUUCCUCGACCACCCAUAGAUAUAGAAGAUUUCAAUAUUUUAGGCUCGUUGUCAUCCCAGAGUAGUUCUAUAGAAUUGCUACUGGAGAACCAAGUAAGAUAUCCCUUUUUAUAGUAACUGUACCACAUGUUUUUCUCAGUCUGACUUUUAGAAGCUUUGUCUAAGUCACUAACAAUUGCAAUACGGUACUUUAUACCCACAUUUUCAAUAUGAAUUGGUGAAGACAAUGGAUAGUUUGAUUUGGUGUUUAAUUUAUACACAAAUUGAUCAGAUGGCCGAUUAAAUCCAUAACUAACAAGUUUUGGCGCUGUAUAUGUUAUAUUAUACAAAACUACUAAGAAGAGAAUACCAAUUAAUGAAACUAGAAUAACAAAAUGUGUUUGAAAGCGUAUAGUGGAAUUUGAAAUGCGAUACGCUUGAGAUGAACUCAAAGAUUGACGGAGUUCUUUCAACAUUUUUGUGUUAUGGUCUGAACUUUUUACAUCAUUUAAAUUGAGCACUAUCUAAAAAUUAAAUUUAAGAAAGGUUGAUGAAUUUCUUCUAAUAUAUAACAUCAAAAUAACUACUUACACUACUAUUCAUCUUUUACAAUUAUCAAAAAGGUAAUGUUUACAUUAUUAACAAAAUAUUUACAAAAUUAGGAUCCAUAUGCAUAGUUAUUUAAUGUUAUAAACAAAUCGACAUAUUAAUUAUGAGAUUAUUUCAAAAAUUUGAGAGAAAACCAAUGAACUUAAUUAACUUUUUAUUGAAUAAUAAUGUUAUAAAAAAUUUUAUAAUUAUCUUUAUAAUUUAUAACAUGUUAUAUUGUUAUCUAUUAAAUAUAAAUGUGUACGUCAAAUUGUGAUAAAGAAAUAUGUCGAUUUCAGUGUGGCCAAAUAAGAUAUUUUAAGAAUCCACUAAAUUUCAAUAUAUUAUCUACUAUUUUUUUUUUAUCAGUUAAUGUCUGCAAUAUUUUCCUGUCGUGUUCACUUAUAGUAUUAGAAGCAUUGGCAAAAAGUCGGUUUUGUUGUUUGCUUAGUAUUUUCAAUUUUUAGUUAUUCGACUAACAAUUUUAAAUCGCACCACAUAUUCCCAUGUAUGUUAGCAGUAUACUCUUCAUAGAAAAAUGUCUAACAAUGACAGUAAUGGAAGUUCGUCGUCUGGUAAGUAAUGUUAUGUAAACAUUUUUUGUAUAGAUAUGUCUGUAAGUACUAUGUCAUUAUAUCACUAUAUAAACAUUUUUAUUUUAUUUGGUUUUUAGGUACAGCAAGACCAUCUCUUCCUCAGUUAGGCAUGCGCCAAGAUGUUGUGGCAACAGGUAUCUAUAUUACUACCUAUUAGUUUAGUGGAACUCAUUUUAUUUAGUAUAUAUCUAUUUAUUUUUAGAAAAAAAAAGACAAUUAAAACUAGCUAUAGAUCCAUCUGGUUCCCCAUUUGGAUUCAAUUCUCCAAUACCCACUCUACAAUCAUUAAGGUAAAUUAUUACAAUUUUACUUAAAAAUUAUUUUGUAUAAUAUAAGCUAUUAUCUUAUCUACCUAUAGACAGAAAUUGUUUUCAUAUUUUUAAGUAAAAAUAGUUUUGGUUUAAAUAACUUAAAUAACUUGUUUUUUCUCUAAAAACACUUUAUGAUUAAAUAAGAUUUGUUUCAAUGUUAGAUUUACCCAUAUGUAUAAAAAAAAUUAGUAAACUAAAGUACAUUAUUUAAUGAACUUUAUUAUUUAAUUUCUCUCUGUACAUAAAAAUAUAUCAUUACUAACAACUAAACAUAAAUCUAAGGAAGUUCAAGUAAAAUGUUUUGAAAUGCUGUGAUUUUUAAGAUUUUUCAUUUUAAUUAGAACUUCCAACAUUUAUAAAAAAAAAAAAACUGUAAUAAUAGGCUCCCUUUCUUUAAAAAAAAAAGAACUAUGUACAGCAACAGAUCUCAUCUAAAAUUUACAAAUAUUUCUACUUGGACAAAACAAUUUGUAACUAAAACAAAAAAAACAUGUAGCACAUAUUGUAAAACUAAUAUAUUCCUCUCUGUGCUUAGAAUACAAAGUAUGUAUUUUAAGUUUAUAAAAUGUUUUAAUAUUAUGUUAACUUCAUAUAAACUAUCAAAUUUUUUAAAUAAUUGUUUAGAUGUGAAGAAGAUAGUAAAUGCAAUGGAUUGACACCAAAACAACCAAAUUUACAAAGGGUACGGUUGCCUAAUACUGAAGCAAUGAGUGAAAAGUCGUCUAGGUAUGUUAAUCACUUAUUUUUACAUUGAAUAUAUUUUAUUACUAAAUAUAUAAAUAUAAUGAAAAACAUGCAAUAAGUAGAAAUAUAUAAGUUACUUAAAAUAAUUAAUUAAUACACUAUUUUGGGGCCCUGAAAAAAUUUAGAGUUGUUGGCGUAAUUUAAACAUAGACUUAUACAUCUAGACAUAAAAACACAUUCCGGUGGGUGGAAUUUCAUUUCAAGGACAGAAACACAUGAGAUAAUAAAUAGAGUGUUUUAAUUGGUUGUCGUCAAAGUGAAAAUUUUAUAUUUUGCACUAGACUUUAUAUCAGUUUAUCUCUAGAUCCGUUCAGACUGACCACGCCUCUCAGUGCUCAGAGUGUAUGUUCCGUCUAAAUGUAUAAGUCUAUAAACAUAAAUAUAAACUCAAAAUUAAUCUCCAUGAAACAUGCAACUAUAGUAUAUAAUUUAUAGUUUUAAUGUAGUUUGGAAUUCCAGUACUUGUCCAAUAUGCUAUGUAGAAGGAAGAUGAGUAAUAUUAAAGGAAACUAAGGAGCAGUUAUAAUGUGAAGGAACUCUAAAAUUAAUAUUAAUGAGUAGAGAAGGAGAAUCAAUUUUAUUGGAUAUGAGCUUGGAAAGGAAGCAUAGGUUAAGGCCUUCAUCGUUAAAUAGUAUUAGAUAGCUAAUAACAUAAAUAACAUAAACAUACUUUUCAAAUAAAAUGUAUCUUUGUUCAAUCUUUUAAUAUUAAAUUGCCAAUUUAUUGGUUUAAUUUUAUUCAUUUUAGAUAAGUAACAUAUAUUUUACACUUUAUAAAUGAGAUACUUUUUUUUGUGAAAUGUAUACUUAAAAGUUAAUUCUGUGUAAUUAAUUUUAUAAUUUUAAUGUCUAAAAUAAAAGGGUCAAUACAUGAGGUUUUCAAUUUAAAUUAUAUUUAUAUUAUAUGUAUUACAUAAUUUGUUUGUUAUCAUUAAAUUAUAUAUUUUAUAUAUAUAUAUAAAUAUAUUAUUGUGGUGAUAAUAUUGUAUACAUUUGUCCCGCAUUUUGUAUACCUAUCUAAAACUCAUGUAUUAAUGACAUUGUGUCUACUACUGAAUUAUAAUUAUACUGAAAAACUAAAAAUAUCAAUUAUAUACUUAUUAUAUACAGAUACCUUAUGUAUUAUUAUAACUUUGCAGAUUUGUUAAAUUUGUUAACACUACACUCAAAUGUGUUGUGAAAUCUCUGUCUUACAAAUAAAUGGCAUACUAAAUUUAUGUACACAUUUUAUUCUAUGAAAGAAGAAAUUUGUAGCUUAACAAAUACUGUCCAAGUUCACGCAGUCAUUUGAACAGUAUGCUGUCACUCAAAAUAUUUGAGUAGGGAAAAUAAUGCCUUGAGAUAUUAAACACUAUUAGUCACAUGUGCAAAACUAGUUCCUUCUUUUGUGGAGUGGAAUAUAGCAGAACUAAUUUUGUACUCUUGGUUUUAAUAUUAGAGUGAAUUGACUUAUUGCCAAACGUAAGAUAACAACAUUAUCUUUGUUUAUACGUUCAUUUUUGUGAUAUUUUUGUUCUUUUAACCUACCACAUACUAAGAUAUCCCAAGACCAUAUUAUUUUUCUAAUAAUGAAACCUACAAUGAGUAAGGCACACCAAUAUUAAUUUUAUAUGGAUGAUUUUAACUGUAAAAAUAAUAUUUUAACCAUUGAAAAUUUUUAAAUUUCUUUUCUUUUAUGAAUAUUGAUUGAUUCAAAUUUAAAAAUGUACUGGGUGAUAAAUUUAAGUGAGUACAUUCUCACCAAAUGUAUGCUAUUAAACUUGUCAAUAACUAAUGAGCUGAGACCUACUUUUUAUAUGUUAUUUAGACUUAUAAUUAUAUGAAAUAAUUAAUAAAAAUCUGAAAUUUAAAUAUUUAAAAGUAGUUGAAAACUGUAUUUCUUAACAUAUAAUAUACAUUAUACAUAUUUGUAAAUACUUAUAUAUAUAUAUAUAUAUAUAUAAUUUUAAUUGAUGAUCAUUAUGAUUUUUUAAUUUAACUAUUCAUAUGUGGCAUAUAUUUAUUUUGUUAUUGAAUCUAAUUCAACUAAUUUUAUAAAUAAUCAUUUUAGAUUUUGAGUGGAGCAAAGAAUGUAUUGGUUUUACAAAGAUGUAUUUUUUUAUGUGAACACUUUUUCUACCAGAAAGAUUACUCCAAUGUAUGAUGUAGACAAUUUUCGUUAAGUGGUACUUUAGGUCAUUUUUUGAUUUUCUCAUCAAAUGUGAAAAGCCAAAGAAAAAACAGGAAAAUGUACAAAAUAUAUUCGUAAAAUAUUAUGAUUUUUUUUUUCUGUAAACAACUUUUCUACCAGCAAUUUUGCUCCAAUUUACAAUGAUAGAAAUUUGCUUUUCUGAAAGCAAAUCUGACUGGGAAGAUCCUUUAGGGGGGCCAUUUUUUUCGAUUUUACCAUAAUAUGGUAUAUAUAUUGUUGACAAAGCAUCACUAUCAACUGAACUCCGCUCAGAAUCGUUUUUAGUAAUCAAUGGUUUAUCAUUACUUACAGAUACAAAUUGAUUGCACCUCUCUCCAUUAUCCUGGGAUAGCUUUUUUCAAACUAAAUGCAAUAUAUUUUCAAAUGUUAAUAUAAUUAAAUUUUUAUUUUAAUGUAAUUAAACAAAUCAAAUUUAUAUGAUUUUGUUUUUAAAAAUACAUGUUAGGAUAAACCUAUACACAUAGUACAUAUAUAUAUGUACAUACAUAUAAUUAUAAUAUAACUAAAAUAGUUCUAUGCUUACGGAUUGCAGCCUUGGUAAAUUGGGAUAGUUUUAACUUAUUCAAAUGAUCAUAAAAACAUUGUUAUGUUAAAUAAAAAAAAUAUUAUUUACACAAAUAUUAAUAAUUGUUCAAAAUACAUUAAUAUAAAGCUUAUUAUUAAAUUUUUAUUAUAAAAGUAUUUUUUUUAUGCAUAUAGAUACAGAUCCGUUGAACGUAUUAAAUUACGGUAAGUCGGUAAGCAAAAUAAUAAAAGGUUUUUUCUAAUAUUAUUUGUUUAUAAAGCCCAUACAAUUUUAAAUUAAUUAAAUAAUUAACUCAAUUAAUUUUGAUUUAUUUACUUAUUUUAUAACUAAUCAUUUCAUAUUGAAACUAAUCUUGAGAUUUAAAAUGUAACUUAUUAAAUACAAAUUUUAGAACUAAUAUAAUUAUCAAGGCUCAGAAUGAAAUGCUUACAAAUAUUGAAAUAUAUAUAUAUUUAAAAAAAAAAACAAAAUAUGCAGUAUAAUAUACAGUAAAAACUAAAAAAAAAUAUAUAAAAUAAUUGAUAAUAUAAUAUUUAAAGGGAACAAGUGUUAUUUUAAAUGUGUUUGUCAUUUACCUAUUUAGGUUAUAUCAAACUUUUGUCUUCUUGAAUGAAGUUUAAAAAUUGCAUACUGUAGAGUAAUUUAUCUUUCCAAAUUUUCGGCAUUUAAUAUAUAAAUCAUCAUUUUUCUUAAAAUUUAAUUUAACAAAAUUAUAUAUUAUUUGUAUAUAAUAUAUAUUUAUAUUUUUUUAACAUGGGUAUUAUUAUAUAAAAAAAAAAAAAAAACAAUUUUAUCAAACCAAUAGUUAAAUAUGUAUUUUUAAAACAAAUAUGAAAAUGUCUAUAGUUCCGAGCCUUGAUAAUAUUACUAAUUGAACAUAUUAUACGUAAAAAAUGUAUUACAAUUAAAUAAAUCUGAUAUAACAAAGAUUAUAUUUACAUAAUACUGAGUGAUUGAAUGCUUAACGAAUAAAUUUAUGUAAAUAUUUUUUACUAAACAAAAAAAAUCCACAUCUUUUAAGGUACAACAUGAAUCAAUAAUGGAUCAUUUUUUUCCAAAAAAGUGUAUUCUGAGAAAAUUAUCUUUGUAAACCAUCUAAGUAAAACUAAUAGGUUCUUUGCUACACUCAAUAUCUAAAAUGUAAUUUUAAAUUAUUAUAAUAUUUUUAAUAUGGUGAUAAUUUUAAACUAAAUUAAUUAAAAGUGUUUUGCUUACAGCAAGUAUAACCUAUUGGUUAUAAUAACAUAUCAUUUGUGUUAUAUAUAAGUAUUUUUACUCCAUAAAUACAAUGUAAAAUUUGUGCUAGUUUUUACUUUUUAAAAAUACAAUAGACUACCCAACUAUUUAUUUUAGUUGACUAUUAAAGCAGUUUGGUAUAUUCCUCAAUUCUGUUAAUUUUGUUAUUAUCAAAAAAUCUGUUAAGAGGAUCAAAAGCAGUGAUUGUUUGUAUUUGUCUUACACACGUGUAACAUAAGAAUUUAAAUGCAUGUACCGAUUGAUGCAGUGAAGCAAACAUUUUAAAACAGAUUUGAAUUAUUUGUCGAGUCUACUUGAAGUUCAUUUUUCCACAUUUUUGAUUUUAUCCCUCUUGAAUCUCAAAAUAAGUCAUAAUAAAAAAAGGACUAAUUUUAAAAAAAAAAAUUUGAAAGUUGAUGUCAAGAAGACUUGACAAAUAAUUCAAAUCUACUUUCAGAAUUUGUUUCACUUCACUAGACUGUUCAGUAUGCUGGAAUUAGAACAUGUCUAUAUUUCUAUGUUACACGUGUGUCAAAGACAGAAAAUAAUCGCUUCCAUCUCCUUAAGUCUAAAAAAAUUGUAUACUAAUUUAAAAUGUUUGGAUAUAAUGAAAUACUAAAUUUAUAUAAUGAUUUUUGCCAUUAAAAUAUAAUAAUAUAUUAUUUUAGAGUUAUUAUAAAUAAUAAACUAAAUAAAUAUUAAGCUAUAACAAACCCAUUUGAACUAGCAUUAUCAUUUACUAGAUUGAUGAUGAAUAUGUACUAAUAAUUCAAAAUUAAAUUUACAUAUCUUUAUUAGUAUUUUUUUUUUUUUUUUUUAGGGAAAGACUCAAAAUAUGUCAAACUAUACAGUCCACUGGAAAAUUGCAGCUUUCUGGAAAUAAGGUUAAAAAGACUACUAGUUAAUACAUUUUUUUUAUUACCAAUACAUUUAAUUUGUUUUAAAGGUCUAUGACUUCACAUCUGAUGACUUACAAGAUUUAGGGGAAAUUGGUCGAGGUGGGUUUGGAACCGUGAACAAAAUGUUGCAUCGUAGUAGUGAUACAGUAAUGGCCGUUAAGGUAUUUUAUAGUUUCAUCUAAAAUCAAAUAUUAUAUUAAUAUUUCUAUGUAUAUAAUUUGUCAUUUGAUUAUAAAUUUUUUUUUUUUUUUAGAGGAUAAGGUCUACUGUUGAUGAAAAUGAACAAAAACAAUUAUUAAUGGACUUAGAUGUUGUGAUGAAAUCCAAUGAAUGUCCCUAUAUUGUACAAUUUUACGGAGCUCUUUUCAAAGAAGUAUUUUUAUUUUUUUAUUUUUUUUUUAAUGAAUAUUUAAAAAUAAUAAUAUUUUGUGUCUAGGGAGAUUGUUGGAUUUGUAUGGAACUCAUGGAUACAUCUUUGGAUAAAUUCUACAAGUACAUAUAUAAGAAGUUAGAUCAACGAAUACCAGAAAGUAUAUUAGGAAAAAUAACAGUAGCGGUAAAAAAUAUAAUAUGCCCAUUUUUUUUAUUAUAUUAAAUAAACAAUUAAACAUUUUUAAUUAUUUCAGACCGUAAAAGCACUAAAUUACCUUAAAGAAAAAUUGAAAAUCAUACAUAGAGACGUUAAGCCUAGCAACAUUUUACUGGAUUCUCGAGGCAAUAUUAAAUUAUGUGAUUUUGGUAUCUCUGGUCAAUUAGUCGAUUCUAUUGCUAAGACUAGAGAUGCUGGUUGUCGUCCUUAUAUGGCUGUAUGUUUUGACGAAUGUAUUUAUUUUCAAAGAAUAUGUGAUGUAAGUAAAUUAAAUUUUAGCCUGAGAGAAUUGAUCCAGUUCGUGGCCGUGGAGGUUAUGAUGUUCGGUCAGAUGUUUGGUCUUUGGGCAUCACACUUGUAGAAGUUGCCACUGGAAGGUUUCCGUAUCCUAGAUGGAGCUCUGUUUUUGAACAAUUGUGUCAAGUCGUUCAAGGAGAUCCUCCGCGUCUGCAAACGUCCAAUAAUUUUUCUCAACAUUUUGUGAAUUUCGUAAAUACUUGGUAAUUAAAUAAUAUUAUAAAUCUUGAACCUUGUCUCUCAUGUAUAUUUAAAUUGUUUUUUCUAGUUUAAUUAAAGAAGAAAAUCAGAGGCCCAAAUACAAUAAACUACUAGAACAUGUAUUUAUUAAACGUAGUGAUGCUGAAAGUGUAGAUGUAGCAUCUUAUAUUAGCGAAAUAAUGGCUGCAAUGGAAAAUGAUGGUGCGUUUAUGUCCACAAUGGAUGACCCGUGAAUUUUUUUCCGCUUUUGUACACACUUCAUAGGAACUUUAUAAAAUCUAAACGUUUUUUCAGUUUCAGUCAACUGAUUAAGUCAGUACUAAUGAAUUUGAUUUCAUAUUGCAUUGAGAAUUUAUUUUUCCAAUAGUAAUGAAAAGCUCCCAAUAUUAUUAAUUUAAUAGCUUAUGACUCUUAAAGUUUUUACUUGUCAUACAGAGUAAUUAACCAAAAAGUGACAUAUUUUUAUUAUUUAUUAUUUUAUUUUUAUUAUAUUAUUAUUGUUAUUAUUAAAUGAACUGAGUAACAUGUUAUAAUCUACAAAUAAUAAGACAACUAAUGUGAUUUUUAUUUUUCCCCUACAAAUUAUUUAUUGGCUUUAAAAUAUUGUGAAUUUUAUUAAUUUGUUUUUUGGAUUAACCGGUGGAAGGGUGUCAUUAAUAGCAUGCCAAAUAAGUUUAAAUGUAACUUACACACAUAUCUACUCCAAAAUGAAGAUAUAAGAAUAAUACAAAUAGGUUUAGAUUCAGAUGUAUAAAAUAGAAGUAAAAAUUCACAUAGCCCAAUCUUAAUCACUAAUUAAUAAAUCUUUAGAAAUAUUAUAGGUUAAAUUUUGGAAAUUUAAAAUAAAUGCUGCAAUAAGGAUAUUAUUUGUAUUGAACAUAAAUAGUUCAUUAUGAUAAAUUAAAUUGAUAUAUUAAAUUAUUCUAAUUUUUUAUAAAUUAAUUUGUAUGUGUAUUAUUUUUACAUAGUUUUGCUUUUAGUAAACUUGUAAUGGGUUGAACUUAAUUUUGAUACGAAUCAUAGUGCCUUUUCAGACACAUUUUAUAAAUGAGUUUUACCCCAAUUGGGCACAAAAUAAUAUUUAAACUACCAAAAUAAGUAAAUUAUAUUUCUAGUUUUAUACUCACUACUGUGAUAAUUCAUGUUACACUAAAUUUUCUCCUCGCGUGUUUUAAAAAAAAGUUAAAAAAAUGUUUAUUUUGUAUUGUAAUUGCUUUUUUUAAGCUGUACCAAUUUCAUAACUAUUAUAAUUAUUGUAGACCUUAAUUAUUGUAUUUUAUUCCAACUUUAUGUUUAAUUAUUAAUUGUAUGGUUACUGUUUAAGAACAUUGACUUGUACUCAAUUAAUGCUUAAUUAAUUUUAAAUAUUUUUUUAAUUAAAAUUUAUAAAAAUGGAAAACAAUUUGUUUAUUGGCUAUAUAUGUAAAAAAAAAAGACAAAGGACAUGUCAAUAUUAUUAAACAGUUAACAAUAAUACAAGUACAAUUCAUGCAAAUUUUAGUGUUAUAAAGUGUAGUCUUAUUUUAUUGAUUUCAUUAAGUUUAUUAUUAUACCUAUCACAAAACACAUAACUAGGUAAAUUAACUGUAGCCAUAAUUUAUUUUACAGAUAAUUUGUUGUUGAUUAAACUUAACAUAAUAGUUCAAACUGAUUCACUAGU